CGCAAAGUUGCUCUCCCGCCAGCGCCGGGAACGCCAGAGAGAGGACCCGGGAUGGCCUCGUCCCUCGUGCUGCUGCUGGUCUGCGCCUUCGUCCCCGCGGUUGCACAGGACCCCUUUACCCCUGGGGACAGCGCAGAGGACACCAAGGCGCUGCAGGUGUCCAUCCCACGACACCCGGCCCUGCACGCCGUGCUGGCAGGCGAGGUGACCAUCCCGUGUUUCGUCACCUACGUGUGGCCAGGGGACAGCAGCAGGCGCCGCGCGGCGCUGGGCACGCCGCGCGUCAAGUGGAGCUUCGUGGCCGAGGGCCGCGAGCGGGAGAUCCUGGUGGCGCGGGGCCAGCGCGUGAAGGUGAGCGAGCCGUACCGGCGGCGCGCCUCGCUGCCCGCCUUCCCGCGCCACGACACCAACGCCUCGCUGCUGCUCACCGAGCUGCGCCCCAACGACUCGGGCAUCUACCGGUGCCGCGUGCAGCACGGCAUCGAGGACGGCCACGAUGUCCUGCACCUCAAGGUCAAAGGGGUGGUGUUUCACUACCGCGAGGGCUCGGCGCGCUACGCCUACACCUUCGCCGAGGCGCGCGCCGCCUGCGCCCGCCUGGGCGCCAGCAUCGCCACCCCGGAGCAGCUGUACGCCGCGUACCGCAGCGGCUAUGAGCAGUGCGACGCCGGCUGGCUGGCCGACCAGACUGUGAGGUACCCCAUUCACACACCGCGCGAGCCCUGCUACGGGGACAUGAACGGCGUCCCCGGUGUGCGCAACUACGGCGUCGUGGACCCGCAGGACAUGUACGAUGUCUACUGCUACGCGCAGGACCUGGCGGGGGAGAUCUUCUUGGAGACGGCGCCGGAUAAAUUCACGCUAGCCGAGGCGGCGGCGCGGUGCCGCGCGCUCGGGGCCACCCUGGCCACCACGGGGCAGCUCUAUGCGGCCUGGAGCAGCGGGCUGGACUCGUGCAGCCCCGGCUGGCUGGCGGACGGCAGCGUGCGCUACCCCAUCGUCACCCCCCGCGAGCGCUGCGGCGGGAGCCUGCCGGGCGUCAAGAGCAUCUUCCUCUUCCGCAACCAGACCGGCUUCCCCGACGCCGACAGCAGAUACGACGCCUACUGCUUCCGAGAAGGGACAAACUCAAUCCCCGAGGCUUCAGGAAAAGCCCGAGAGCCCGAGGGCCUUCCCGGGAUUGUAAGCGUGGCCGACAAGCUGGAGGAGCUGCGGCUGCCCGGGGCGCACGUGGAGAUCGAGUCGCGCGGCGCCAUUUACGCCGUCCCCUUCCCCACCGCGGCCCCUGCGGACGCGGCCAUUGGCCCCGUCCCCCCCACCGUGUCACCCCAGGGAGCAUUUGGAGAGCAGGAGCUGGAGACAGAGCCAGGAUCGCCCCGAGGCUCCUUGGCAGCAGCAGAGAGUGGCGGCGCUGACAUCCAGCCCACGGAGGCAGCCAGCCCCGAACAGACCCUCUCCGUGCUCCUCCAGAUGGGAUCCUCCACGGAUGUAUCUGCAGAACCCCCUCCGCUAGAGCGAGGGGCUGCAGCCUCCACGGAUGUCCCGGGGGAGCCAGGCACGCUGCCCGCGGGCCGGCCGGGCCCCGCGGAGGAUGCGGAGCUCUCCGGGGAGGUGGCGCCCGGCGCCGGAGGAUCCGAGGGGCCGACUGUGCCGCUGCCUCCCGGCGCAGCCACGGCCUCGCCGCCGGAGGACGGCGAGGAGCAGUCGGGCGCCCCGUGGCCGUCCCCGGCCGGGGUGGAGGCCACGGCCGGCGGGACAAACGGCAAAGCCGGCGGCGGGAGCCCCUCGCCCGGCACAUCCGCGGACGAGGAGGAAGAGGAGGAGGAGGAGGAAGGGCAGCCCACUCCCUCCGUGGCUACCAUAGAGGGUUUCCUUGCAGUCCUCCCUGGAGAACCAGGUGACGACUGCGUCCCCAACCCCUGCCUCAACGGAGGGACGUGCAGUGAGGACGGCGAGCGCGCGGGCUGCGUGUGCCUGCCCGGUUACGGCGGCAGCACCUGCGAGCGACCCCUAUACAAGUGCAACCCCGGCUGGGACGGCUUCCACGGCGCCUGCUACAAGCAUUUUUCCACCCGGAGGAGCUGGGAGGAUGCUGAGAGCCAGUGCAGGCAUUACGGGGGCCACCUGGCCACCAUCCUGACCCCUGAAGAGCAGGACUUCAUUAACGAUCAGUACCGGGAAUACCAAUGGAUCGGCCUCAACGACCGGACCAUCGAGGGCGAUUUCCAGUGGUCUGAUGGGAGCCCUUUGCUCUACGAGAACUGGCACCCCGGGCAACCCGACAGCUAUUUCCUCUCCGGGGAAAACUGCGUCGUGAUGGUUUGGCACGACGGCGGCCAGUGGAGCGACGUGCCCUGCAACUACCACCUCUCCUACACGUGCAAAAUGGGCCUGGUGCGAUGCGGCUCCCCGCCGGCCGUGAGCAACGGCCGCCCCUUCGGCAAAGCGAAGCAGCACUACGAGAUCAACGCCACCGUACGCUACCGCUGCCGGCCGGGCUUCAUCGGCCGCCGCUCGCCCGUGGCCCGAUGCCAGGAGGAUGGGACAUGGGAACAGCCCCAGCUGCUCUGCCUCCCCGGCCUGACUCAGAUCCGCAACGACUGAGCCUGUCAUCCAGGCAGGAGCCACCAGCCGUGGUGCGGACAGAG